AGACAAGCAUAUUAACAAGAUUUGGGUCGGCCAAAGAAUAAAAUAUGAAGUUCGUAUUAUGUUUGGUAGUUCUGUCUUUUAGCAGUGGGUCUCUCUAUGCCAAGGAUCCUGUACAGAUAUUGGACUAUGAGAAACUAUUCGGACUCAGUGAUAAAGAGGAAGAACAAAAAUAUAUAUGUUCAGAUAUCGUCUUCGCAUUGGACAGUUCGUGCAGUGUAAAACGACCAGAUCGGAUAAAUAUGAUUACCGUAAUUGAGAAUGUGGUGAAGGGAGCAAAAGUCCAUCCAAACCUAGCCAGGUUUGGUCUUGUGAGAUUUGACUAUGGCGCAACAAAGAUAUUUGGUUUAGGGGAGUAUUUCAGCGCUGAAGAGAUCUUGAAGAAGUUAUCAGAUGUUAAAAAAGAGUACUCAUUGAGAAGAACAAUAGCUGAAAAAUGUAAAACGUUCACGUGGGAAGCGCUUAGGAUGGUUCGAGUUGAUGAUGAUCUCCUCGGUAGUGAAAAGAGGUACAAUGAGAAAACGGGAGAAGAACGAAAGCGAGUAGUUGUGAUCAUGACUGAUGGGCGUCCAUAUAAUACUUCAGGGCCAGAGAAUGAAGAAGCAGUGAAAGCCCUCACACUGAAAGAAGGAAAUCUGAACACAGAGAACGGAAUACAGUCGAUGGUUGUUCAAGUUCCACACAUGAGAAUAUUGGAAAAUGACACUGAUAUAUUUACCAAACUUGUAACCAAGAAAGAAUGGUUCAUCCAGAUUGCCGUCGGUGUCGAUUUACAGGAUGCAGGGAAAUAUUUUUUCCAUGAGCUUGUGAAGAAUAAUGGAUGUAGCUAUAAAUGUCUUGGGAAGAUUGAUCUUUGUUUUGUGAUGGACCGCAGUGACAGUAUUCUGGAACCUGACAUCAAGAAAACAAAGGAAUUCUUCCAAGACUUAGGUGAUUCUUUUCUUGUGGGCUAUGACGGAAAUAAAAAGGGAACAAAAUUUACGAAUGCAAUGAUUGGAGCACUGAGCUACAACCAAUGGGUAUCCACACACUUCAUGGGAUAUCAAUGCAAGGAUAAUGCAUGCGUUCGUAGAAAUAUAGGAAACAUCCCCGCAACAAACAAUAGAUAUACCGAGACUGACCUGGCCCUAAAAGCGGUCCUUGACACAUGUCUCGACAAAUUCAGUACAAGGGGAUACGGUAUAUCCAGAGUGGCUAUACUAGCAACAGAUGGAAACACGUGGAAGACUGAUGCAAAAUCUAUUAAUUCAGCCCGGACUAUUGCGAUGGCAAAUAAACUUAGAGAAGCUGGAAUUGAUGUAGAGGUUAUUGGACUCCCAAACUAUCAAGAAAUCCCUGGAAUUAACGAAUGGAAACAAACAGCAAGUCAUUUUGUAUUUGAUUUGCGUCGCAUAGCAGGUGCAGAUCACAGUUCAAAUUGGACUAUGCCGACAUUUGAAGACUUGAAGGCAAUAAAUGGUAUAGUCGCUAGAAAAAUAUGUAAGGAAUAUACGGAUGUUGGGAAUGACAUUUGAAUAAAGAGCCACUCUGAGAGCAUAAAAAGUGACAUGUGACAAGUUGUUUGUUGAUUGAAUCUUUUAUAAUUGUUGAAUCCUUUUGUUAUUGAAUGAUAUGUGUGUAUUGUGAAAUUGCACUGCGAUAUGUUGUGCUGCAAACGGCUGUACUACAUUUCCCUUUGAUAUAUGUGUGUAUUGUGUCAUUGCAUUGCGAUAUGUUGUGUUGCAAACGGCUGUACUACAUUUCCAUUUGAUAUAUGUGUGUAUUGUGUCAUUGCGUUACGAUAU